AUGAAGAUAGCCGUGCUUGGAGCCACUGGACAGACGGGACAGUAUCUGAUAAACCAAGCUCUUCAGCAGGGACACACUGUCACUGCCAUUGUCAGGAAUCCAGGGAAAUUGACAGUGCAACACGAGAAAUUAAAGGUAAGUAAUGUAAUGUCUUGUCUGAGCACAAAUUGUUGUCUUUUUACAUUUCCUCUGUGUUGCAGGCAGCAGCAAUGUUUUUAAUAGAGGCUUUAUGAAGUGUGAAAUAAAACUGCUAUUUUCUCUAUUCUGUCAGGUGGUUGAGGGCAAUAUUUUCUCAGAAGACAGCCUAAAACUUCACUUCCAAGGACAAGAUGCAGUUGUAUCCUGCCUGGGGUUCCCUGCAUCCUUUCUCUCCGGAGUCACUGGAUACACCUUGUCUAUGAGGGCCGCGGUAAACGCCAUGAGAGAGGCCAAAGUGAACCGCAUAAUCACCAUGACUUCAUGGUACACUGACCGUAAGUAAAGUAAAAUAGGACUGAUUACUUUUGAGAACGACUUGAGAAUGUGUUCUCAGUCAACUUACCUGGAAACUUACUUACUUAGGCCUCAAUCCACCAAGGGAUGCAUAAGGCCUCACUAACCUGGUAAAAUAAGGGUUAAAUGAACAAUGCCAUGACUGUAUUUCAUCAGUGAUCAUGUUGCCUUUUAAUGUACAAAGUCAGUUGUGUGUUUUUAUCAUUGUGAAACAGCAUUCCCUUAACUUCUUCUCAUUCUCAUCCCCAUAGCUAACUCUGGCACACAGUCAUCUUACCUCAUCCGCUUCCUGCUGCUGCCAAUGAUCCGAAGUGUCCUUAGCAAUAUGUUUGAGAUGGAGCACUUUCUGAAGAAGACACCGGAUAUUAACUGGACUGUUGUCAGGCCGCCGGGUCUCAAGAAUUUACCUGCCACAGGUAAGACCGACGAAUAGGGUCUAGUUUAGAUACACUAUAUAUACAAAAGUAUUUGGACACCCCUUCAAAUUAUUCGAUUCGGCUAUUUCAGCCACACCCGUUGCUGACAGGUGUAUAAAAUUGAGCACACAGCCAUGCAAUCUCCAUAGGAAACAUUGGCAGUAGAAUGGCCUUACUGAAGAGCUCAAUGACUUUCAACGUGGCACCGUCAUAGCAUGCCACCUUUCCAACAAGUCAGUUCGUCAAAUUUCUGCCCUGCUAGAGCUGCCCUGGUCAACUGUAAGUGCUGUUAUUGUGAAGAGGAAACGUCUAGGAGCAACAACGGCUCAGACGCGAAGUGGUAGGCCACACAAGCUCGCAGAACGGGACCGCCGAGUGCUGAAGCACAUAGCGCGUAAAAAUUGUCUGUCCUCGGUUGUAACACUCACUACCGAGUUCCAAACUGCCUCUGGACGCAACGUCAAUACAAGAACUGUUAGUCGGGAGCUUCAUAAAAUGGGUUUCCAUGGCCGUGCAGCCGCACACAAGUCUAAGAUCACCAUGCGCAAUGCCAAGUAUUGGCUGGAGUGGUGUAAAGCUCGCCGCCAUUGGACUCUGGAGCAGUGGAAACGCGUUCUCUGGAGUGAUGAAUCACGCUUCACCAUGUGGCAGUCCGAUGAACUAAUCUGGGUUUGGCGGAUGCCAGGAGAACGCAACCUGCCCCAAUGCAUAGUGCCAACUGUAAAGUUUGGUGGAUGAGGAAUAAUGGUCUGGGGCUGUUUUUCAUGGUUCGGGCUAGGCCCCUUAGUUCCAGUGAAGGGAAAUCUUAACACUACAACAUACAAUGAAAUUCUAGAUGAUUCUGUGCUUCCAACUUUGUGGCAACAGUUUGGGGAAGGCCCUUUCCUGUUUCAGCAUGACAAUGCCCCAUGCACAAAGCGAGGUCCACACAGAAAUGGUUUUUCGAGAUCGGUGUGGAAAAACAUGACUGGCAUGCACAGAGCCCUGACCUCAACCCAUCAAACAUCUUUGGGAUGAAUUGGAAUGCCGACUGCGAGCCAGGCCUAAUCGCCCAACAUCAGUGCCCGACCUCACUAAUUAUCUUGUGGCUGAAUGGAAGCAAGUCCCUACAGCAAUGUUCCAACAUCUAGUGGAAAGCCUUCCUAGAAGUGGAGACUGUUAUAGCAGCAAAAGGGGAACCAACUCCAUAUUAAUGCCCAUGAUUUUGGAAUAAGAUGUUCAAUGAGCAGGUGUCCACAUACCUUUGGUCAUGUAGUGUAUACUGUAACCUGGAGCUGGGUUAAAGGCAAAGUGCAGUCAAAAACAUGAUUUGUCUGUGUUUUAUAUAUAUUUCCACACAAUGAGGUUGGAAUAAUCCUGUGAAAUUGUGAAAAUGAUCAUAAUGCCCUUUUAGUGUAAGAGCUGUUUGAAAAGACUGUUGUGGUGGGAUGGAGUUUUGGCCUGCCUGGUGAUAUCAGUAGGCAGUAAAUUAGUAAAGAGACCAAUAAGAAAGAGAGUUCCAAACCUCUCUGCCAAUAUCAGCUAGUUUUCAGUUUUCCCCUCCCCACUCAGAACACUCCCAGACAGUCCUAGCAAAAUUCUUGCUUGACCAAUUGCUCUUUGCUAAGAAGCUAUUUUUGUUUAUUUUUUACCAUUUUAAUUGAAAAGAAUCACAAUAAGGUGCUUAAUUGUUUGAGAAAAGAACGGCUGCAUUGGACCUUUAAAGAUUGGUCUAAAAGACUCAAACAUUUGCAUUGUUACAGGAUUCAUUUUGUCAUACAGUAAUCACGUAAGUCAUCACGUAAGACUGAACCACUUUCAGGUUCAGAAGUAACCCUCCCUGGCUAGCUUGAGGAGAUAAAGGCAUGGACGACGCAAAACUUCCUUCAACUGAACAGCAGCAAAACCGAGGCCCUACUUGUUGGCACCCCCUACCAGGUACAGCACUCACCAAUAACAGACCUCACCAUUGCAGGACAGAACAUCACUCUCUCCCCCUCAGUUUCCAGUCUGGGUGAACUUUGACAGCCACAUCAAACAACUGUGUAAAUUGUAAUUCUAUCACCUCAAGAACUUUGCCAAACUCCAUCCCACCCUCACUCAGUCUGAUGCAGAGAAGCUCGACCAUGCCUUUAUCUCCUCAAGGCUAGAUUACUGCAACACACUCUUCAUCGGGAUCCCUGUCAGGAAUCUCCAGAAGCUCCAAUAAAUCCAGAACUGCCAGGAUCCUGAUGAGAGUGCGGAAACACCAUCACAUCACCCCCAUCCUAGCAUCUCUGCACUAGCUCCCUGUCUCAUUCCGGAUUGAAUUCAAAACCCUCCUGCUGACUUUCCAGUGUAUUCACGAAAACAGCUCUCCCUCCAUAACCCCUAUCAAGUGAUAGCCUGCUCCUGCACAUCCCUAGUACCAAGCUGUGCUCCUUGGGGGAUCGGGCAUUCAGCUCGACCGCCCACAGCCUCUGGAAUGCCCUCCCGGACCACCUGAAGGAACCAGACUCUGGGCUCCUUUAAAGCGGGACUAAAGACCUUUCUCUUUAGGAAGGCUUUCUAUUGAAAUCUGUGCUCCUUGGUCAGUUGCCCUGCCUAGUUGUGUCCAUUAUUAUUAUUAUUCUUUACUAUUUCUUUUUUAAUUAAAAUUUUUUGCACUUUGAGAUUAUUCCGUAUAAUGAAAAGCGCUUUACAAAUGUAAUAAAUUAUGAUUAUGAUUAUUAUAAGCACCUAAAUUGGAACACAGUUGCUGUACAGUAACAUGCUAUACAUGAUGUCAGAGCUGAAGGUCUCCGCUUCACAGCGCUGUAUUGGUUUUGACUGACAGCGGGUCUGAACUUGAGCACUGCGCACGGCAAGAAGUUGCCCCCAUCCCUCCCGCUAAUUGGGCAACUUUUGCAAAUGUUUUGUUGUCUGAGUGAGGGAAAUGCUGUUAAUAAAGAGGACUCAAUGUAUUUUUGAAAGAUGAGACGUUGAAGAUUAUCAUAAAUUCUGCUUUGAUGUCAUAAAAGCAAGCCAAUGUGUCAACAUUUAUGAUCACUAUGCUUGAUGUACAGCUCCAAGAUGACAUGGCGUCUUACCCUGGGUUGUUCUGAACAGAAUGAGCCUAUGUUUGUUGUAUUGUGAAUUAUUUUGGCAGGGAACACGCAUCUGAAUGCAGUUAUGACUAUCCUAUGCGCACCAAAAUUACAAUCUGCUUCUCUGAAUUGCCUUGUGAAAGCAUACUACUGUAAGAUCGUAUUUUGUAACUUAGCUAGCCGUGUUGGCAAUAGAGCACACUUUCAAAUGAUGCCCACCUGACUCAGAUUUAUAAUGGACCGUUUCUGGAAUGCGUAAACAACAACAGUAAUUGUGUGAUGGCAGGGCUCUGUUCCAAACAAAACAAUUACAAGUCUGCUUGCUCUAGUUCCUCAACAGCACAGCUAGGAGAGCUCAAAAUAGCACCUUAUAGUUGAAGACUCUUCUUUGAGUCAUAAAAGAACAUUGAUAUUACAUAGGAACUGUGCACACUUUGGAGAGGUGUGUGGCCACUUGGAGACACCAGUUAGACCUCUCACUCAAACCCUUGUCAUAGUUUUGUCUUAUGUUGCACCUACCCCAAAGUACCAUGAAUAUUCUUAUUAUGUUACUGAAUGUCUCCAGAGUAUUUUCAGAUUUUGUUAUCAACAAAUGCGGCAAAAAGUACAGUAAAUGUAAAAUGCACAUAAAAUCAGCAGCGUAAUGUUUGGAAUCAGUCUCAGAUUAACUGUUUUGUCCUCAUCUUUAGGCUAAUUAUUUUCCCAUAAUCUCCAAACUGUUCCCUUUUGAUUGAUACUGUGGUUAUGCAUAUGCUUUCCAUAUUUCUUCUGUAAGAAACAUUUCAAUUUAGCCCUAUCCAUAUAGGCCAAUUCCCACAAGUGUAAGGGUUUAACUUAGAGUCAUAGUUCUGCUACUACCACAAGUCCCUGCACUUUUCUCAGAAGACUUAGUGAAAUUGACCUUUGAUCCAAUCAUAAUGAUGAUGGGAACCAAUGGGUCUCUAUUUAAUUUGUUCUUUUCACCAGCUAAAGAGUUCCUUACCCACGAGGGCUACUUUGUUCCUGACUCCAAUGGCCAGCCUGUAGGAAGUGCUGUAGGAAGGGGUGAUGUGGCUCGUUUCAUGCUCUUCCUCCUCAACACCAAUGCCUGGUUCAACAAGGCGGUUGCCAUCACAACCAAACAUGAAUGA